CUUCUUCCCCACUCCAAACUCUUGUACUCAUUACCAUCUCGACUUCUCCCCACCAUAUGAACUUCCUCAAGAAAAGAGAAUAUUUGGACACUGUGGCUGAUCCGUGAUCGACAAUGUCUAACAAUUCUUAUAUUGUCCGCAUAUCAAAAGAGCUCUCCGACCUUCAGAAGUCGUCUGACCUCUCUCUUGCGGUUGCAUGCCGUGAUAUCGAUGUUCGCAACGUCAAGGCCAUCAUUAUCGGCCCUCCAGACACCCCAUACGAAUUCGGCUUCUUUGAGUUUGCCGUGAAGUUCGGAAAAGACUACCCAGGAAAAGCACCCUCCGUCAAUGCUACAACCACAAAUGGUGGCAGAUGUCGCUUCAACCCAAACAUCUAUGCGGGCGGCAAAGUUUGUUUAUCCAUCUUAGGAACUUGGAGAGGCGAAAGAGGAGAAGAAUGGUCGUCGGCACAGGGACUGGAAUCUAUCCUGAUCUCAAUCCAAAGUUUAAUGUCAUCGAAUCCCUACGAGAACGAACCAGGUUUCGAGACGGCGAACACCGAUGAUGACAAGAAGAAUCAGAAGGCAUACGUUGCCAAGAUUCGCCAUGAAAGUCUUCGAAUUUCCGUUAUCCAAAGAUUAGAGGAUUACUUGGGAAUUUCUGCAGAUGGAGCAGUACAACAGGUCCCUUCCAUUAACGAAGAGGAUGACAUCGACGAGGAAAUGCAUGAGAUGGACCGCGACGCAUUCGACGAGGCAUCGGCUAGUUUCGACCCAUUCCGAGAUUUAUGCAAACGUCGAUUCCUAUGGUACUUCGAUUCAUACUUACUCGCAAUAAGCAAGGCAAAGUCCGAAGCGGAAGAUGAGCAAAGCUUCACUCGCAUGCCGUUCGAAUGCUCAGGGAACAUUAUGGAAGGCAAGUUCAACUAUACGGAACUCGAACGUCGUCUGAGGCUCAUUCACAAGACAAUGAAGGUCGAGACAGCAAGAUGGGCAGAAGAAGGACUAGCUUCGAUCAAGAAGGAGAGUAGUGUUGCGUCGAAUCUUCAACGACAAUACGAACAAGUUGUGGAGUCUUACAAGCGAGACAAGACCGUCACUCUCGACGUUGAGCUGGUUGAUAAGAAUCCUUUCGUGUGGGCCAUUACCUAUUUCGGUCGACCCAUGACCAAUCUGGAUGGUGGCCUCUUCAGGAUCAAGUUAUUCUUCAGCCCACGAUUUCCUGAAGAGCAACCUAGAGCGAAAUUCGAAACCCAGCUUUUCCAUCACCGAAUUGCUUCUGACGGAACACCAUGCUACACUUCUAAGCGAUCUGAAGAUGUCAAGUCCCAUAUCGAUGCCAUCAUCGAGGCGUUGGAAGAAGAGGAGCCACCUUAUGACCCACGAACCUUGGUAAAUCCAGAAGCCGCUAAGCUGUACUGGGGUUCAGCAGAUGAUAAGAAACUCUACAACCGCAAGCUUCGUCGAGCAGUUCAGCGUAGCAUGGAAGAAUGAUGUUCAGCUUCCCAUCAAAUUUGCUUUCCAGCCACCAUGCGAUUUUAAGCGAGCAUUCACUUGAGCAGAUGCUACCAGAACUUUACGAAUUUGAAUUUUAGCGUUCCCGUUCCUGAUUUAAGCGAAUGUGCAUAUUGUCUGCAACUGGCCGGCGUCAUACCUGACAAAUAGGACUUCGAGGAGUUAUUAGGAAGUCUGCGGGCUGGGAAAUUAGGUCCUCGUGGAAUGGGGUUUCGGCGUCUAGCAAAUUGAUAUGCAUGAUUCGUUCGGGAUCCACUGCCUUUCUCAAUGUGAUGG